AUGGCCAAGUUCUCCUUCGCCGACGCUGCCGACGAAGACCAUCCUCCCGCCCCCUCCCCCGCCCCCGCCGCAGACACCACCGACGCCGGGGGCUGCGACAAGAGGAAGCGUGACGGCGUCGGCGGCCCUCACGACAGCGCGGUCGGUGGCGGACCACCGUCCAAGGCCCGGAAAUUGGAUGGCGUGGGCGGGGAGCGGGCGGUCAAGGGGGAAGGCGGGUGCGGUCGGGAGGUGCGGAGGGUCGGCGGGGACGGCGACGCGGGGAUCAGCAUGCGGAUCGACCCGGACUUGCUCGACUGUUCCAUCUGCUUCGAGCCCCUCUGCCCUCCCCUCUACCAGUGCCAAAACGGCCACGUAGCAUGCUUUUCCUGCUGGUCAAGGCUCAGCAACAAGUGCCAUGUUUGUUCUCACGAUGCUAUCUUUGCACGAAACAUCGCGCUGGAGAAGAUCGUCGAGUCAAUCAAGUCCUCCUGCGCAUACGCCAAGUGGGGCUGUUGCAACCUGGUUAGCUAUGCGCAGAGAACCACCCACGAAGAAGCCUGCCUCUUUGCCCCUUCGACGUGCCCUAUUCCUGGCUGUGGAUAUAGAGGCUUCACUGGAUGUUGGUCAGGUCACUUCCUUGUCGACCAUAGUGCUGAUUGCUUGCAUUUCGUCUAUGGCCAGCCCUUUGAAGUGAAUCUUGAGGUGUCCCUGCCUUUUCUAGUUCUUCUUGGAGAGGACGAUCACCUAUUCCUGCUUCUGAACAAGAACAUGAUGCCCUUCGGGCACGCAUUUACGGUGGUUUGUCUGAGGACCGGUAAUCUGAAUUGGAAAUUCUCAUAUGAAAUUAAAACAGCUAGUGGAGGGAACCCUGAAAACUCCAUGCAGCUGAAGGCUUCUGUCACAAAUACAAAGGAGUGGGCCGAUGUGCACCCUUCAGAAGCAUUUCUCCUGGUUCCAUAUGAUUUCUGCAGUUCUACCAACCUAACCCUUCAUGUCACUGUUGCAAGGUCUGCCUCUGUAUGAUGUGAUUAUGUGAUCUCCCCUUUGUUUCUCUGUCUUCUAAAAUGUAGAAAGUGUGUAGCAGUGGAAAUUUAUCAUCCGAAGUACUUUCAGG